UGGGCUGCUGUCUGAAGAUGUUUGACCGCCAAGGAAACCUGAAGACGACGCUAGGAACACCUGGAGAAAAGGGUUCGAGUCUGGACCCCCUGCAGUUUGACCAGGUCGGGGACGUGGCGUUUAACGAAGCCGGGGAGAUGUUUGUAGUGGACGGAGAUGGAGGCAUGAACAACAGACUACUCAAACUCUCCACGGACCACAAGUUACUGUGGAGUGUAGGUGGGGAAGGCUCUGCACCUGGACAGUUCAGCGUGCCACACUGUGUGGAUGUGGACAGGUACGGACAGGUGUGGGUCGCAGACAGGAAGAACAAACGCAUCCAGGUGUUUCACGGGGACAGUGGAGCCUACAUCGGCGAGUUGGCGCUGGACGAGGAUGUCUAUACUGCUAGGUUCAGCGCUGACAAGUCCCACAUACUGGCCCUCCAGAUGAAGGUUCGCCGGAUCCUCGUCAUCGCCGCUCCCAAAGAACCCGGUAACCUUGGCGACUGCGAGGUGAUUGACAGUAUGCAAAUGAAGGAGGGAACACAACCGCACCUGUUGUCUGUCAGCCAAUCAACCGGUGCCAUUUACGUGGGAGAUAUCGGUGCCAAUACGUGUUAUAAAUUUCUGCCGUUGUAAUUAGUACUUUUACAACAACUUUGUCUUGUAAAUAGUUGUAGAUGGGGGAGGGAGUAAAAUGUCGCAAAAAACAAUAAAAACUAGAAUG